CGUCCCGGUGUACAAUACACACUCAGUCGCUCUUCCCCCUCCUAUAGCAGAGUCCAGUGUGGGAGGAAUGUUCGCCGGGUCUCCGCAGGACGGCGCCAGCUCGGCGGGGCCCAUGACCAACGAGGAGCUGCUGGCGCACCAGCUCGACCUGCACCAGAAGAUUCAGCAGCAAAUGCAGCUGCAGAUGGAGAUGAGCAUGCAGCUCGGUUCGCGCCAGUCGCUAACGUCCUCGCUGGCCAAGGUGGAGCCGGACUUGGGCGACAACGUCUUCGACAUGCUGGACGACCUCAUCAUGAUCCCGUCGGGGGCUGUGGCGCCCGAGCGCGGCUCGUUGUCCAAGCAGGCGCGCGAGGAGACGAUGGACGACGACAGUACGCCCGCUAUGGGCUCUGGAAGCGUCAGUGGCGGCCGCGACAGCCUCGCGGACAUCCUGGAGAGCCUGGAUAUGGACCUGGACGAUGAUCUCAAUGACGACACGCUGUCAUCAGGCAGCGAGCGCGCUCGCAGCGCCAGCGACUCGCUGGACGAAGGCGAUCUGGACGACCUGGAGGAUCUGGAAAACCUCGAUUUGGACCUCGAUUUGGACACAAAGGACAAAAAAUUGGACACUGACGCAAAUGAUAAGACCGACCCGAACGAACACGCGCCGGCUGAGGAGGAGUUUGUGCAUUUGAGACGCUCAUCGUUGGAUUUGCUGGCAUCUAUGAGUGGCAGCACGUCCAGUGUGUCGAAUAAUGCCGCUGGCAACAUGUGCACUUUGAUUUGGGAAGGAGGACUACUGGGACUGCGUCUGCGCCACUCGCAGUCCAGGAUGAUGCCGGCCGUGUCGAAAAUUACCGGUAAAAGCUCGAUUUUCGGCAUUCAUCUCGUGGAAGUGGGCGAUUUGUUGCUAAAAAUUGGAGAUCGUGUGACCCGCGACAUGGAGUUCUUAGACGCAAUUGACUACCUGAAAGAGGUGCCCAAGCCGUGUAAAUUGGUGUUCAGGAGACUCAUGGCAGACCCGAUGGCGGUAAAACCGGUACAACCGAAGGUAAAGAGUGCGAUUGGCUUGAAGCUGGCGGCGAAAUUCGAGGAAUUGACGGCAGCGGAGAAUGAAAAAUUCCCUCCUCAACCGGCUGUGAAGUUGGAGGCCAAGUACGAGAUUAAGUGGAUUGACGGACCGCUGGGUAUUAGUCUGAUUGCGAGCAAGGACGUGCCGUACCCGCUAGUGACACGUAUCACUGGAAAGAACCGCUCGCCACAGGUGCAGGACGUGCAGCCAGGUCACUAUCUCGUUCAGAUUGGCAGCUACAACACUGCAGACGGCAAUUUCAACACGGCGAUUAAGUUCCUGCAAAAGGUACAGAAACCGGUAUCGCUGUUCUUCUGCCCAGGCAACAAGAAGGUUUCAGCGCGUCCAGAGUCCGCGGAGGAUGAAUACGACCACAUUUGGGAGAAGAAACAGCCGCUGUGCUUCACUGUACGACCAAAUGUUGCUGGCCAUAUGAUUGUGGCCGACUUGGGUAGUGCAAAGUCCAUUAAGGUGAAGAUUAAGGGCGCUCCGAACAAUGUGGCAGCGUUUGUGAGCUCAGGAGACCGCAUCAUGUGGAUUAACGACGACUGUGUGAAGGAUCUGACUUUCCAUGAGUCGCUACUGAAGCUGCGUACAGCCAAGCGUCCGCUGGUUAUUCGGUUCAAGAAGGGCUCUCCCGAAGACGCGCUCGCAGCUUUAUCUUCUUCCGCAGACAUCCAUUCGGCGUCCAAGUUUACAGCUUCGACGUCGUCGUUGGCUUCCUCAUCAACGUCGGUAUCUUCGUCCACGUCCACAUCUUCCACGUCGUCUCCCCCGUCGUCAGCUUCUGCGAGUGAGAACGUGGCACCUGCUGCUGCGCCGUCACCCCCCAAGGUUGCACAGCCACUGGCAUCUCCACUGCCUACACCUCGAACUUUCAUUAAUCCGCUCAAGAAGAUGAGUAUAGCUCUUGGAAGCCACGCCAAGGAGAACGCUACUAAUGUCACCACCGCCAAAGUGCAGACCGAGUCUAGGAAGCACCAGGACAGGCAGGCAUACUCUACACAGCAACAGCAUCAACAACAUCAACAGCAUGUAUCGCAGUCACAGCAGUACGCUGCGCAGGAAGCAGCACAAAGUAAAUACCGAGGCCACGCAGAUCAGGAGGCGAAGCGAUCGGCACAUGAUGCACGGCAACCGAACGCCUUGUCUAAUACGUCCAGAGUCUCGCCACAUGGUUCAAGAGGAGGACAUCACACGGCUGCUCCUGUAAUGCUCACCAACAAGGACCCACCUCCUCGGAAGAUGAACAGUCCAGACCACGGCAACGCACAUCGGAAUGACAUGAGCCAUCGUAUCGCGGAGACACAGAAUAAACUGCGUAACCUGGAGCACGGACUACGCAAGUCUCCGCUUGCCAAGUCUUCUAGCGACCCCAUUGAUGAUACACCAUUGAAACCCUUGUCACGGAGUGGACAUCGUCACGGCUCGGCGCCUCAAAUACCCAGUGAAACUAGUCGAUCCAAGGAGAAAGAACUGGAGAAGGACAGUGAUGUGUACGAAGUGGUAUGGCCCGAGGGUACAGCACUUGGUCUGACACUACGUGUGCAUCCGACGACAAGAUUCCCAGUGGUGGCGCGUGUGACUGGCACGAGUAACCUCAAGAACAUUGAGCACGUGUCACCGGGUGACAUCCUCUUCGCUGCCAACAACAUGAACAUUGUACCGCAGCCCAAGUUCAAGCAAACCCUCGAGAACUUGUCUCGUCUUCCGAAGCCAGCAGUGCUGCGUUUCCGACGUGCAUCAGCCGCGGCGUAUGCUUCAAUGCGAAGCGAUGAGUCUGAUCAGACGCUGCCUCGUGGACCAGCGCUAAAGGACCGCGAGUACGAACUCAUCUGGAGGGAAAAUGCCAACCUUGGGCUGGUAUUUAGCUCGGACAACGAUGUACCAAAGGUGACAAAAGUGGAUAUGGAUUCGGGCGGCCCCAUGCUGCACAAGGUGUCGGUAGGAGACGUGCUCACUUGGAUUGGACCCAUGGAGAUCAGUGGCUCGACGUUCCACUCGUCAAUGGCGACUUUGCGCGCCGUCAAGCGGCCUGUUGUGCUGCGCUUUUUCAAACGCGGAACAUAAUGAAGAAAGUGGUUGUAGCUGAACUGACGAAGUCGUAGUAGUUAAAGUACUUAGUAGGGGAAGUCGCAGCAACAGGAAACAGGAUUGUAAAUCUCUCGGUGUUAGAAGACGGGGCCUCGACCCGCCCCGCAAAGAAAAUGUCUUUUUGGUCGGUGUCAUCGAUCGUCUUGUGCCGCAUACCAUAAACGUUCUUGUUCAUUCUCUUUGUCUACUCUAAUUCCACUCUAACUCAACCGUGUUGUAGUUUCUCUAAGCUUUAGAGUCCAAAG